GUCGCCGUUUCGGCCCCGCACCGAUGUUUUGUCUAGCUCCGCAACAAUGGCCAUUAAUUAAGAGGUACAGGUAAUAAUGAUCGAUGCAAUCUCGAUGACCGGCCAGAGAAACACCAGAUAAUUGUUGCGGAGGUACAGGUUGUAUUCGUUGCAGAGGAAGCCCAGGCGAAACCUCCCUUCCCAAAGACAAGAAGCUCAAGAAUUGAAACUCUGAAGCAAACAAGCAGAUCACCAUGGUUGAUGAUCUUCCACUCUAUGUCCUCUUAGCCCUUCCACUCAUCGCCUUCCUUUUCCUCUGCCUCCACCGUUCGAGGCACGCACAUGCCACCGGCAGGCUCCCUCCGUCGCCAUGGGCGCUGCCGGUCAUCGGCCACAUCCACCACCUCGCCGGCGCGCUCCCGCACCGCGCGAUGCGCGACCUCGCGCGGCGCCUGGGCCCGCUCAUGCUGCUCCGCCUCGGCGAGCUCCGCGUCGUGGUGGCGUCCUCGGCCGACGCGGCGCGCGAGGUGAUGAGGACGCACGACCUGGCCUUCGCCUCGCGGCCCAUCAACCCGACGGGCAGGAUCCUGCUGGGCGAGCACAGCGACGGCCUCGUGGCCGCCCCCUACGGCGAGGGGUGGCGCCAGCUCCGCAGGAUCUGCACCACGGAGCUCUUCAGCGCGCGCCGCGUCCGGUCCUUCCGGGCCGUGCGCGAGGAGGAGGUCCGCCGCCUCCUCCAGUCCGUGGCGGCGGCGGCCUCGCCGGUGAAUCUGAGCGGGAUGAUAGCGGCGUACGUGGCCGACGCGUCGGUGCGCGCCAUCAUCGGCAGCAGGUUCAGGGACAGGGAGACUUUCCUGCGGCUGCUGGAGCGGCGGAUCAAGAUCAUGCCGGCGAGCAGCUUGCCGGACCUCUUCCCCUCUUCGCGCUUGGCGAUGCUCGUCAGCCCGACACCGCGCUUGGUGAGGCGCGAGCGCGAGAAGAUGAUGGCCUUCGUCGACACCAUCAUCCAGGACCACCAAGACAACAGAGCCUCGGGCGGCGACGAUGAGGAGGAGGAUUUGCUGGACGUGCUGUUGAGGAUACAGAGGGAGGAGGCGCUGGAUCCGCCCCUCACCACCGAGAACAUCAAGGCCGUGAUACUCGAUAUCUUCGCCGCGAGCAGCGAGACAUCCGCCACGACCCUUCACUGGAUCAUGGCGGAGCUCAUGCGGAACCCGAGAGUGAUGAGCAAGGCGCAGGACGAGGUCCGGCGAGUCCUCGCCGGGCAGGAGACGGACACGGAGGAUAGCCUGAGCGAGCUACGCUACCUGCCGCUCAUCAUCAAGGAGGCGCUCCGGCUGCACCCGCCGGCGCCGCUGCUGAUUCCGCGGGAGUGCCGGAGCCCGUGCAGGGUGCUCGGGUUCGAUGUGCCGGCGGGGGCAAUGGUGCUCGUCAACGCGUGGGCGAUCGGCCGGGACCCGAGCUACUGGGACGCGCCGGAGGAGUUCGUGCCGGAGCGAUUCGAGGGCAGCGACGUCGACUUCAAGGGGACGGACUUGGAGUUCAUCCCGUUCGGCGCCGGGCGGCGGAUGUGCCCGGGGAUAGGGUUUGGGCUGGCCAACAUGGACCUCGCGCUCGCGUCCCUGCUGUACCACUUCGACUGGGAGCUGCCGGGCGGGACGGAGCCCGGCGAGCUGGACAUGACGGAGGCGCUCGGGAUCACGACCCGCCGCCUCUCCCACCUCGUGCUCCUUCCCACGGUCCGCGUGCCGGUGCGCAGGGAGUAAAUUAUUAGCCCUUCUGUGCCCGGGCUGGGCCUGUGAGUGUGAUCUACCACGUGCAUAGUCACGUGUGUAAUGAAUUGAUUGGGGGUGUGUUGGUUGUUGGGAUGGAUGGAGAUGGAAUGCAACGGCUCCUCCAUUUUUCAUUUUUUACCGGUGUUUGGUUGAGGAACGGUUGAAUGUAAUUUCUCCAGUAAGAGAAUAUUCCCUCGAGAUGCUGCACCA